CCGGGAAACGAGAAUCUAAUAUAGUAAUCCUUGAAGCGCCUUCAGGAUGAAUGUAAGAUUCAGUCACUGAGCGCCUCACUUCCUCCUCCGGUCUCACCUCCCUCCGCUCCCCGCUCUCCUCACAGCUGGCGCUGGGAACCGCCGAGGGCUGGGAGCGUGCGCGGGCGGGGGCGGCCACCCUCCGCCGCAGCCUAGGGGCCGGAGCCGGGAGGCUCGUGGCGAAGAGGCGAGGCUAGACAACCAGCGCGGGCGAGGAGCUCAGCCGCGAGCACAGCCCUCUUCCCGGACCUGUGAAAUCAGACUCACGUGUAAAUCGCGAGGAUCAAAUCGAGGCUACGCAGCCAGCUGCGCCCACUGAGCGCACCCCAGAUGUGCCCGGAGCAGCAGCUCUGCUGUGUACCGAAGAAUGCCCCCAGAACACCUGCUCUCCGGGAAACUUGUAGCGACAGAAAAGCCUAAACCGAAGGGCGCAAAGUGCCUCAACACGUGACGGGAGCUGGCAAUGGUGACCCCUAGUUCUCAGUGACUCACUGGGACUUAAUCGAAAGUCAUCAUUAAUUGUCCUCGUUUCUCAACCAGGAGGUCAAAAAUUAGGGGAGGAGGGAGAAUAAAACGAAGCGUGAGUGACAGACUAGAAUGAGAGUGGAUGCGAGCAAAUGACUCGAACCCUGCACCCAGGUCACCCUCCCCCACGUGCGCGCAUCCCCAGCGACCACUCCCUGGGAGGCCUAUGAAACUGCGCAGCAAAAGCAGAGAGAGGAAUAUAUAUCCUGAAGUUGGAAAAGACUCAGACCCGGUUACCACUUCCUUUGCCUUCUGAACUUUUCGUUUCGGUCUCCUGCAGGCGGGAGUGAGUCUUGCCCUUCCCCUUGCUUGCAUUCCUCCAAGAUUCGUCGUGCCCUCCUCCACUGUAGACCUCCCUCCCCCUUCCCCUCCCCUCCCGCUCCAACCCCCAAGCAGGGAGGCCUUCAACCCAUACACCUCCCGGGCUGGAGAUCUCAAUUACAAAGCUGGGGAGGGGGUACUGAGUCCGGGAAGGACCACGGCGACCGGCAGUGUGCCCUGCGGAUGUCCUCGGCUUGGUCCACACCUGAGCAGUUCCCUGGGCGCGACCCCUCCGCUCCUCCCAGACCCGGCGCUCAGACACUUGUGCGCUGCUACGGCGCACUCGCAGCGCCCUAGCGGCGAGAGGGAGAACGAGCACAGGCGGGUGGAGAGAGUAAGGGUUCGGGGGUGGGAGGAACCCACCUCGGGAGCCCGGGAAAUCCCGGACGUGCCACCGCCCCCAACUUUGUGGCGCCCUCCGGCAGCGGCGGCAAGGAUGGAGCUGCCUCCCCGCGGCCGGGCGUCGCCGGACUCGCCGCUGGACAGCGCCUCCCUGACCUCGCUGGACUCCAGCGUCUUCUGCAGCGAGGGCGAAGGGGAGCCCCUGGCGCUCGGGGACAGCUUCACGGUCAACGUGGGCGGCAGCCGCUUUGUGCUCUCGCAGCAGGCUCUGUCCUGCUUCCCACACACGCGCCUUGGCAAGCUGGCCGUGGUGGUGGCCUCGUGCCGGCGCCCCGGGGCCCUGACCGCCGUGCCCAGCCCCCUGGAGCUCUGUGACGACGCCAACCCCGUGGACAACGAGUACUUCUUCGACCGGAGCUCGCAAGCAUUCCGCUACGUCCUGCACUACUAUCGCACCGGCCGCCUGCACGUCAUGGAGCAGCUGUGCGCGCUCUCCUUCCUCCAGGAGAUCCAGUACUGGGGCAUCGACGAGCUCAGCAUUGACUCCUGCUGCAGGGACAGAUACUUCAGAAGAAAGGAGCUGAGUGAAACUUUAGACUUUAAGAAGGACACAGAAGACCAGGAAAGUCAACAUGAGAGCGAACAGGACUUCUCACAAGGACCUUGCCCCACCGUCCGCCAGAAGCUCUGGAACAUCCUAGAGAAACCGGGGUCUUCCACAGCUGCCCGAAUCUUUGGGGUCAUAUCCAUCAUCUUCGUGGCGGUGUCCAUCGUCAACAUGGCUCUGAUGUCAGCCGAGUUAAGUUGGCUGGACCUGCAGCUGCUGGAAAUCCUGGAGUACGUGUGCAUUAGCUGGUUCACCGGGGAGUUUGUCCUGCGCUUCCUGUGCGUGCGGGACAGGUGCCGCUUCCUGAGAAAGGUGCCAAACAUCAUAGACCUCCUAGCCAUCUUGCCCUUCUACAUCACUCUUCUGGUAGAGAGCCUGAGUGGGAGCCAGACUACACAGGAGCUGGAAAACGUGGGGCGCAUCGUCCAGGUUUUGAGGCUGCUUAGGGCUCUGCGCAUGCUCAAACUGGGCAGGCAUUCCACAGGCUUACGCUCACUUGGAAUGACAAUCACCCAGUGUUACGAAGAAGUUGGCCUGCUGCUCCUAUUUCUGUCUGUAGGAAUCUCUAUAUUUUCAACUGUGGAAUAUUUUGCUGAGCAGAGCAUUCCCGACACAACCUUCACAAGUGUCCCUUGUGCAUGGUGGUGGGCCACAACGUCCAUGACUACCGUGGGAUAUGGGGACAUCAGACCAGACACCACCACGGGCAAAAUCGUGGCCUUCAUGUGUAUCUUAUCGGGAAUCCUUGUCUUGGCCUUGCCCAUUGCUAUUAUUAACGACCGCUUCUCUGCUUGCUACUUCACCUUAAAGCUCAAGGAAGCAGCUGUUAGACAGCGUGAGGCUCUGAAGAAACUUACCAAGAAUAUAGCCACUGACUCAUAUAUCAGUGUUAACUUGAGAGAUGUCUAUGCCCGGAGUAUCAUGGAGAUGCUUCGAUUAAAAGGCAGAGAAAGAGCAAGUACUAGGAGCAGUGGAGGAGAUGAUUUCUGGUUUUGAAUUCACUUUCAGUUUAUUUACAAAAGCCUGUGUAAUACUAACUUGAUUGAUAAAGCCUUGAUAUGGAUGUCUGUACACUGCUGAUGAGUCUCUGUUGAGUACCACCUGUGUUCAUUUGGUUCAUACGUUGCUUGAUCUACUAGAAUAGUUCACAUCCCCCAAAACAGCAACACUUCGUUUUUUCACAUUUGAGUCUCAAAAAUAUCCAUUUAACGCAACCAGGCCAAUAUACACAUGUCUGAAUUGUCAAAUACCAAAUAAUAUUGCAGUGCAUACAAGAAAGUUAAAUGUUUUACGCAUCACUAAUGUUUAGAAUCUUUUGCACCACUAAUUCUAAAAGACGGGAGUUAAACUGCAUAGCCCAGAGAAAAGAUAAGUGAACAUUUAAGAACACACUGGACAACUUUGCCAUUUAAAGAUACUCUCCAAGUAAAUAAAUCCCUCCUUUCUCCAUCAGUUAAAACUGUUGAAUAUAACAAUUCUCUUUUCAAGAGAAAAGCCUGAUUUGAUGGUCAUAGACUGAGUCCCUAUCUUUCCUCUGGUGCAGAUGACCGAUCACAAAUGGACUGAGCUCUGUAUUCCAUCAUUACGGUUGGAGGUAGAAACCCAAAACUGCUUAGACUGCGGUAGAAGAUUGCUACCCAAAGGCUUCGAGAGUUGUGCAUCUUCAUCCUCCCCACUGAGUGCAUAUGUGCAGUAUAAAGGCGGUAUCUCUUAGUAUUCCAUGGAAACUAGAUGGUCUUUAAAAAAUCUCUUUAUUGAUGUAGUGUUCAAGUUAUGUCCUUAAAAUCAUGACUUUGUAAGUAAAGGUGAAGUAGUGAACAUCCUAAAUGUAUAUACACUGAAAUUAUUAAAUAGUCUUAUUUCAUAAUAUGAGAAUGAUAUGUUGAAUGAUACCACUGGGUGAACUUGACAAUCUUUUAUUUGUUAACAAAAAAUAUUAUGGAUAGCUUUCUGACUGUUGGGGUAAAUAGCAAAUGUUCAAACUUUACACGCAUUUUGACAGUCAUUCAUGAUAAUAAUAAAAUUUCUAGUCAGUUUGUUAUAUAAUUAAAGCCAAUAGCUCUACCUAAGCCUAAGAAUUAGUUUAUGAUUUCCAAUAUUCCAGUAAAUGAGGUUUUUAAAACUAAGAAUAAUUCAGAUUUAUCACUUUCAUACCUGCCUUCUUAAUGGGUAUAACAGUGUCCCCAAUGGGAUAAAAAUUGUUUCUUGGUGGGGGGACAAAAAUAUCUUACUCUUUUUAUUCAUAAAAUAAAUAUACAUGCAAUACAUAAACAGAUAUAGAGUAUAUCUAUGGUAUUAAAUUUUCAUGGGAUGGGAAAGUAGAAAAAAAGAGCCCCUUUCCAGAGUUGCGCUAUGAUAAGAAAUAAACAUUGAGAAAGACAAAUUUAAUAUAUGUACCAUAUUUUAUUAAAUCUAUUUAAGAUACCCUAUUAUAUUAUGAACUACAAAGAAGGAAAGGAGGAAGAGAGGAAAGACAAAAUAAAAAGAAAAGGAAAGAAAGAACAAAAGAAAGUCCAAUCAAUUGUAAGAUGCCAUUGAUUGUAAAAUGUGUCCAGAUUUUGGACAUGUAAAAAUUUAAAACAUGCAUCUUAAAAUCAAUGAAAUAUCAUAUAUGCUACCUCUAGUUUUCUGGUAUGCAUGCUUAACUUCUAAAAACAUCUUCAUUGAUAACAUGAGUUUUAGAUUGUAUGCUAAAAUCCUUUAAUCCUCUUGGCUUGUUUCUACUUCUCCCAAAUAUUAUGAAAGAGUUAAGAGAUAUGUGUAGUAGUAAAUAUUUUCCAUCUUACACAGUUCCCAGGUGCUAGAGUAUGGCACAGGGCCACUUGUCCUAAUAUAAAUAUGCCAUCCACAAUCUGAAGGGGAAAUAGAGAUUAGACACAGAAGGCAAACUUAUCCUGACUUAUCUAGAACUCCCUCCAGUAAGAGUUACUCUGAUCCAGGACUGUGCUCUGUAUUCAUCAUGUUUUAUGUCACUGUAUCCUCAAAAUAUUCCUAUUAUAUAAUUACUAUCGCUAUACUCUUCUAGUUAUAUAGUUCAUAUAUUUAUCCAUGCAACAAAUAUUUAUUCAGGACCCAUUUGUAUGCUGGGCACUACAGAUUCUUUGUUAAAUCAGACCAAGCCCUAUUCUCUUGUAUUUAACAUUCUAUUCAAGGCUGUGAGGGGAACACAGACAACAAAGCUGAGGCACAAGAAGAUGAAGUAACUUGGCCCAAAUUCACACAGCCCAUGCAUGAGUGACAGAAUCAGAGAAUGAGUCCCAAUCGGCUGGACCCUGAAACUGAUACUCCUAAAAGGCAUAUGACAGAUUUCAUUAUUCCCACACAACCUGUGCUUAGGGAUUCCCCUCCCAGGCAGGCAAGCCAAUUUCUCAUGGGUGGAGAGGUUCAAUAUGCCUUAAGAAAAGUAUCAGCUUAUUCUCAAGGUGGAAUGGAGCUUUUAAGGAACAGUUGUCACAUCGUGUGGUCAUUAUUAGACAAAAAGAAAUAUUACCUUAAGAAUAAUAGUUGGAAAGUGAAAAAAAUGAAAAAACUAUAUGUAUUAUACGUAUAUUUUUUCCUACCACAGAAGAUUCUAAACAUGUUCUCCAGAAACAUGGUAUGUUAGCUAUAUAAAUUUUGUUGAGAUGUGGACAUUUCAAAAGAAAUUUUAAAAUAUCACUGCUUAGUCAACCUUGCCAUUAUAUAAAAUACUGGUGCAUGUUCAACAAAUUAUACAUAUAAGCAGACCAAAUUUAAGUAACAAAUCAAGGCAGGAACUCUGUUAAUCUUAUAUCCCAACAUCUACAAAAACUGAUGUUUGUCAAAAACCUAAGAAUUAUUGCUAUAAAACAAUAUUUAAUUUGUUUGGACAUAUAAAUAAUAGAAUUAUUGGCUUUAGGCUAUUUAAAAAACACUAAUUAAAACCAUUUGAGUGCACAGAGGGAAUGCUUGAGUACCUAAAAGAGCAAUUUUAAGAAAUGAUUGAGGUAUGUUUGGUAGAAGUGGCAUCUUGUUCAUGUUUUACUGGGUUUUUUUCCUAUAUAUACACAGAAUAGUGGCAUUUAUCAUUUUAAAGCAAAUUACUAUAAAGCAUAAUGUAUUAAAUGCACAAAGAAGCUAAUAGAGGUAGAAAUCUCAGUGCUGUGUUUCAAUGUGGAAUUCUUGCUCUCAUGAAAAUCUUUUGACUAGCUCUUGCAAAAAAUAUACAUGCUGGCCCAAGUUAUCUAAGCAAAACAUUAUCACUGAGUAAGCUUACUGGUUUGACAAAUAUUUCCACUGAUUCAUUUUCUUAACAUGAAAAGCCUGCUCUUUUGAAAUAUGAGCCAUUAAUAUCUCUGCCUUAUCAAUCCUGCAAUUCAGUCCAAGACGCUAUCAGUUGGCAAAUGAUGUGUUCUAGUGCUUCCAUUGGUGAUUUCCCUUUGCAAAAGCAUCCCGACUCCCGAACCUGUCUUCGAGUCAUGCUGAUAUGUGGAAUAAAAAUGUCACCUAAGGAGAAUUUUACUCACAAACUCCACUUGGCAUUUGCUUACGUGGUGUUCUUUAGGGAUAAUGGGGUAACUGAGAUGCUCACCAUC